AUGGAUUCCCAGGAGAUCAAAGAGCUGCAGCAAGAAGUGAUGGAGGAGCUGGGAAUCUCCAUGGAGGAGCUCCAGGAUAUCAUCGACAAAGAGCUGGAGAAGUUUGAGUGCGUGAAGCAGAGGAAGCAGCAGCUGGAGGAGCUGGAGAAGUGCGUGAAGCAGAAGGAAGAAGAGGUGGCUCGCGUUGACCGGCUCUUUGACGACGCUACGAGAGCCAUUGAUAAAUGCGAGAUACUGGUGAAGGAUCUGUACUCCAAGCUGGGCCUGCAGUACCGCGAGAGCAGCUCUGAGGACGAGGACUUGGCCGCCAAGGCCACGGAAGUGAUUGAGAUCCCGGAUGAGGACGACGAUGACGUCAUGAGUAUCGAUUCGGGCUGGAAGCACGGCAGUAGUAGUCCCAGAAUCGCGAAGGAUCAGACUCUGCUGCGGGAAGCCAUGGCUGCGAUGAGGAAGUCUGCCCUGGAUGUUCAGAGGUUUAUGGAUGCCGUGAACAAGAAAACAAAUGCCCAGGAUGCCCAAAAAGGUGCACAGACCCCUCAGGAAACUCCUGGCACUGUCCAGCCCGCUGGCCCUGCGGCGGCUGGGAGUGAUCUCAGCAGUGACGGUGACCUGAACGUUGGCAUGAGGAUCCUGGGAAAAAAGAGAACCAAAACGUGGCACAAAGGAACGCUGAUUGCAAUCCAGACGGUCGGUGCUGGGAAGAAGUACAAAGUGAAAUUUGACAAUAAAGGGAAGAGUUUGCUCUCUGGCAAUCACAUCGCUUACGACUAUCACCCCUCGCCUGAGAAGCACUACGUUGGCAGCAGGGUUGUGGCGAAGUACAAAGAUGGGAAUCAGGUUUGGCUGUAUGCUGGCAUUGUGGCUGAAACCCCAAACGUGAAGAAUAAAGACAGGUUCCUGAUCUUCUUUGACGAUGGCUACGCUUCGUAUGUCAAGGAGUGGGAGCUGUACCCAAUCUGCAGGCCACUGAAAAAGACCUGGGAAGACAUAGAGGAUGUUUCCUGUCGCGAUUUCAUCGAGGAGUACAUCACGGCCUACCCCAACCGUCCCAUGGUGCUGCUGAAGAACGGCCAGCUGAUCAAAACGGAGUGGGAAGGGACCUGGUGGAAAUCCAGAGUGGAAGAAGUGGACGGCAGUCUGGUCAAAAUCCUUUUCCUGGAUGACAAACGCUGUGAGUGGAUUUACCGGGGUUCCACGCGCCUCGAGCCCAUGUUCAGCAUGAAAACUUCCACAGCCUCCACCCAAGAGAAGAAGCAAAGUGGACAAGCACGGACUCGUCCCAAUGUCGGUGCUGUCAGGAGCAAAGGGCCUGUAGCCACGGAGUUUUAGGGGGGAGCGGUUCCCCAGAAAAAGCCUCUAGAGCAGAUGCAGGCAGGCUGCCUGGCUGCACGGUCCGCUUCUCCGCAGCUUGCUGAGAUGGAAUGCUCCGACAGCCAGCUGGCCCAGUCCAGAAAGCAAGUGGCCAAGAAAAGCACUUCCUUCCGUCCUGGCUCCGUGGGCUCUGGGCAGUCGUCACCUUCCUCGCCCGUCCUAAGCGAUACCCCCGCGGCGGGAAGGACCGGGGCGUCCCAGCAGCAUCGGCUCUCCAGCGGCCCGGCCGGCAGUGCCACGGCGCAGGCCUUCCACGGCAUGAUGGACCGCGUGCCCAACGAGCCCUCGUACCGCGCCCCGCUGGAGAAGCUCUUCUACCUGCCACACGUCUGCAGCUACACCCCCUGCCUGUCCCGCGUCCGUCCCAUCCGCAGCGAUCAGUACCGCAGCAAGAACCCCCUGCUCAUCCCGCUGCUCUACGACUUCCGACGGAUGACGGCCCGCCGACGGAUCAACCGCAAGAUGGGCUUCCACGUCCUCUACAAGACGCCGUGCGGGCUGUGCCUGCGAACCAUGCAGGAGAUCGAACGCUACCUCUUUGAGACAGACUGCGACUUCCUUUUCCUGGAGAUGUUCUGCCUGGACCCGUACGUGCUGGUCGAUCGCAAGUUCCAGCCCUACAAACCCUACUACUACAUCGCAGACAUCACCAAGGGCAGGGAGGACGUGCCGCUGUCCUGCGUCAACGAGAUCGACAACACGCCGCCUCCGCAGGUGGCCUACAGCAAAGAACGCAUCCCCGGCAAAGGGGUGUACAUCAACACCAGCUGGGAGUUCCUCGUGGGCUGCGACUGCAAAGACGGCUGCAGAGACAAAUCGAAAUGUGCCUGUCACCAGCUGACGGUCCAGGCGACCGGCUGCACCCCGGGUGGGCAGAUCAACCCCAACUCCGGAUACCAGCACAAGAGGCUGGAAGAAUGCCUCCCGACAGGAGUUUACGAGUGCAACAAGAGGUGCAAGUGCAACAUCAACAUGUGCACCAAUCGCUUGGUCCAGCACGGGCUCCAAGUCCGACUGCAGUUAUUCAAGACGCAGAACAAAGGCUGGGGCAUUCGCUGCCUGGAUGAUAUUGCUAAAGGCUCCUUUGUCUGCAUCUACGCAGGGAAAAUCCUCACGGAUGACUUUGCCGACAAAGAGGGGUUAGAGAUGGGCGACGAGUAUUUUGCUAACCUGGAUCACAUUGAGAGCGUGGAGAACUUCAAGGAGGGCUACGAGAGCGACGCAAAAUGCUCUUCUGACAGCAGCGGGGUGGACCUCAAGGACGAAGAGGAGGAGAACACAGGCACCGAGGAGCAGGAGGAGUCCAACGAGGACAGCUCUGAUGACAACUUCUGCAAGGACGAGGACUUCAGCACCAGCUCGGUGUGGCGCAGCUAUGCCACGCGACGGCAGACCCGGGGCCAGAAGGAGAACGGGCUGUCGGAGACAGCCUCCAAGGACUCGGGGCUCACCCGGCAGAUCAGCCACGACGAGACGGCGGUGGCUGCCUCCUGUAAGCUGCCGGUGUCCGAGGAGACCUCCAAGAACAAAGUGGCCUCGUGGCUGAGCUCCAACAGCAUGUCUGACGGCUUCCAGGACAACGACAGCGCCUCCUCCUUCAAGAUGAGCGAAGGCAGCGACGCCAAGGCCAGCAAAACGGAGCUGCCUGGAGAGCGAGAGAAGGCCUCCGCUUCCGCCCUGGGCGACGCGGACGGAGAGUCAAAGGCGCCGAAGAAAGAUGUAAGGGAGGGCCCUCCCGUCACAGCGUCCCCUUCAAAAGGGCUCCCAGAGCACGGGCGGCCUCUGCUGAGAGAGCAGAGAGCUCCUGGGGGAAAAGGGAGCCCGGGGCCGGACGGAGCGAUGCUCUGCGCCGAGCCCGGCUGCGCUCCGGAGCUGCUACCGCCUUUCCGCAGAACCACGCGCCAGUUCUACGACGGAGAGGAGUCCUGUUACAUCAUCGACGCCAAGCUGGAGGGGAACCUGGGCCGCUACCUCAAC